GGGUCGUGGGCUCGUCGUCUGUGGACAGAAGAAAAGUUUCCGUGUCACCGUGAUGACAGCUGGAGUUCUUUUCUGAGCGCUUCGGUCCUGAUUAGUUGGUUUGGGUCACCUGGACCUCAGCAUGUACGGGAUGAUGGAGCACGAGCUGAAGCCCCCGGGCCAGCCGCCCUCACAAGGCAUGUCGCCGGUGACGGGCAACAUGAGCGCGAGCAUGGGCGGCAACUCGCACCCGGGCUCCAAAACCGAGUGCCCGCCGGGAGGCGACCCCAUGGACAAAGUCAAACGGCCCAUGAACGCCUUCAUGGUUUGGUCCCGCGGACAGAGGCGCAAGAUGGCCCAAGAAAACCCCAAAAUGCACAACUCCGAGAUUAGUAAGCGCCUCGGGGCCGAGUGGAAACUCUUAACGGACGCCGAGAAGCGGCCGUUCAUCGACGAGGCCAAGCGGCUCCGGGCCGUGCACAUGAAGGAGUACCCGGACUACAAGUACAAGCCGCGCCGCAAAACCAAACCGCUGCUGAAGAAGGACUCCCACGUGGGAAAGUACCCGCUGUCCGCCGGGAACCUCCUGGCGGCCGCGCAGGGCCAAGUCAGCCCGCGGGUGGAGCCCUACGGUUGGGGCCCCGCCGGCGGCUACGCCGGGAUGCAGAGCGACGCGCUGGGCUACACGCAGCAGGUGCACCGGUACGAGCUGACGGCGCUGCAGUAUCCGAGCGGCCAGAACUACAUGAACGGAGCCAACUCCUACAGCUCCAUGUCCUACAGCAGCAGUCCACAGCAGCCGAGUCCUGUCACAAUGUCAAUGGUGAAAACCGAACCGGUGACGCAUCCGACUUCGGCGGGAACGCCCAGUCAUCACCGCGGACCUUUGCAGGGAGACCUCAGGGACAUGAUCAGCAUGUACAUUCCAGGAACAGGAGGGGACGCCGGCGAGCUGGCGGCUGCACAGCGGGGGUACAGCACGGUCCAGCAGCACUACCUCCCCGGAACCGUCCCACUCACUCACAUUUAGAAGGAUGCUGCUAGCACAGUGACUGUCGGGG